GCUUAAUGUAUUUCGGUUCAUAGUAACGAACGAACUCUUGUGUACUACAUGAAGUUUUAGUGCGAACGAAUUGUAAAAAAUGCGGAUAACAGUUUUUAUAUUAUUCAUGGGCUUUUGCCUAGUAAGUGCAAAAUAUUUGCGCUAUGAGCCAAGCGAUUCCAAUUUGUUACUGCGGUAUAAAAGAUCCGACUCUGAUGAAUCUGUAACUUCAAUAGAUGAAGACGACGGUGAUGAUGAUGAGGAUACCGGCGAAAACAAUUCACUUGAAAAGAAAUUAAAAGAAUUGGAAAUUAAAAAACGAGAAAAAGAAGAAAAAGAAAAACGUAAACAAGAGGAGAAACAACGUAAGCUUGAGGAAAAGAAGGCUAAAGAACAACGUAAAGCAGAAGAAAAAAAGGAAAAAGAGGAACGCAAGCGCCAACAAAAACUUGAGAAAGAAGAAGAAAAAAGGCAGAAACUAUUAGAGAAGGAACAAGAGGACAACAAAAAGAGAGUUGAAAAGAAGCGUAAAGAAAUAGAAAAGAUAAGACAGGAAUUGAAUCAAGAUUCGGAAGGUGAUAACUUUUUGAACACUGAAGAAGAAAGUUCUAUUGAAUUAUCAGACAUUUGGAGACAUCAUAUUUAUGUUAAAUAUGGUCUCACUUUAUCCAGUACACAAUUAGAAAAGCAAGCAGCAUUGAGAAGGUAUCUUCAAGAAGAACUAGGAUUAAGUCCUAAUAGUACUGAAACUGAACGUAGGGAUGCAAUAAUUAAACUAAUUCAAACAAAGAUACAAGAAAAUGCUAGGGCAUCUAAUGGAAAUAGUCAACUGAAUAAUCAACUAUUAAGCCAUCUUAAUGCUAUUUCAAUUCAAAAAUUUAAACUUAAAUUAGAUAAAGAUAUUGAAAAAUUAAAUAACAAAUCGUCGGUAUUAAGUAACGUAAAUCUAACUUGGGCUUCAGAAGCUAAACAACAACUUGAUGGAAAAAGAACAUUACUCCAGACAAUUGCGCAAUAUUUAUCAAGUGUUAUUCCUAACUGGUUGGCCGGACGACCAUCCAUAACAGCGUCAACCAAUGCAACCGUUGAACAAAGCCUUGAUAAUAAUGGUCUUAAUGGUAAUGGAUCUGAAAAUUUAACUCCUUCUCCCAUUGGGAAUGUUAAUGACAACACAGUGUCUGCAUCAAGUAACAUUAACAAUAUAAAUAACUCUGGAAAUAAUUUAAAUGGCAAUAGUUAUCUUGUAAAUAAUAAUCAACCAAUUAAUGUAAAUUAUAACUCUAGUGGGAAUGUUAACGAGACACCAGUGAUUGGUUCAUCAAGCGUUAACAAUACUGUAAAUAAUAUUCCAUCCGUACAAGAGUUUAACAAACCAAAUGGUGAUUUACCGACUUUAAGUACCGAAAAUAACUUACCUUCCUUAAACGGUGACGGUGGAAGUGAAUCAACGAAUAUUGCAUCCGAAGCUGGUGAUAAAAUAACUAUUGCUGCUACAAAUGUUGCAACAACAAUAGUCGCUAAUAACAACGUAAAUUUGACUCCUUCAGAAGCAGGUUCCCCUCUGGAAGUGUCAAUAUCAUCCGUAGCUGGUGAUAACAUAACCAAUGCUGAUGCAAAUGUUGAACCAACAAUAGUCGCUAAUAACAACGUAAAUGUGACGCCUUCAGCAGCUGGUUCUCCUCUGGAAGUGUCAAUAUCAUCCGUAGCUGGUGAUAACAUAACCAAUGCUGAUGCAAAUGUUGAACCAACAAUAGUCGCUAAUAACAACGUAAAUGUGACGCCUUCAGCAGCUGGUUCUCCUCUGGAAGUGUCAGUACCACCCGUAGCUGGUGAUAAUAUAAUUAAUGCUAAUGCAAAUGUUGUUGCAACAAUAGUUGCUAAUAACAACGAAAAUGUGAUUCCUUCAGUAGCAGUUUCUCCUGUGGCAGUGUUAGUACCAUCCGUAGCUGGUGAUAACAUAACUAAUGCUGAUGCAAAUGUUGCUAUAACAAUAGUCGCUAAUAACAACGUAAAUGUGACUCCUUCAGUAGCAGUUUCUCCUGUGGAAGUGUCAGUACCAUCCGUAGCUGGUGAUAAAAUAACUACUGCUGAUGCAAAUGUUGCUACAAUAAUAGUCGAUAAUAACAACGUAAAUGUGACACCUUCAGUAGCAGUUUCUCCUGUGGAAGUGUCAGUGCCAUCCGUAGCUGGUGAUAACAUAACUACUGCUGAUGCAAAUGUUGCUACAACAAUAGUAGCUAAUGACAAUGCGACUGUGACUCCUUCCGUAGCAGUUUCUCCUGUGGAAGUGUCAAUAGCAUCCGUUGCUGAUGCUAACAUAACUACUGCUGAUGCAAAUGUUGCUACAACAAUAGUCGAUAAUAACAACGUAAAUGUGACACCUUCAGUAGCAGUUUCUCCUGUGGAAGUGUCAGUACCAUCCGUAGGUGGUGAUAAAAUAACUACUGCUGAUGCAAAUGUUGCUACAACAAUAGUCGAUAAUAACAACGUAAAUGUGACACCUUCAGUAGCAGUUUCUCCUGUGGAAGUGUCAGUGCCAUCCGUAGCUGGUGAUAACAUAACUACUGCUGAUGCAAAUGUUGCUACAACAAUAGUAGCUAAUGACAAUGCGACUGUGACUCCUUCUGUAGCAGUUUCUCCUGUGGAAGUGUCAAUAGCAUCCGUUGCUGAUGCUAACAUAACUACUGCUGAUACAAAUGUUGCUACAACAAUAGUCGAUAAUAACAACGUAAAUGUGACACCUUCAGUAGCAGUUUCUCCUGUGGAAGUGUCAGUACCAUCCGUAGGUGGUGAUAAAAUAACUACUGCUGAUGCAAAUGUUGCUACAACAAUAGACGAUAAUAACAAUAAAAAUGUGACUCCUUCCAUAGCAGUUUCUCCUGUGGAAGUAUCAGUACCAUCCGUAUCUGGUGAUAACGUAACUACUGCUGAUGCAAAUGUUGCUACAACAAUAGUCGCUAAUAACAAUGUAAAUGUGACUCCUUCCGUAGCAGUUUCUCCUGUGGAAGUGUCAAUAGCAUCCGUUGCUGAUGCUAACAUAACUAAUGCUGAUGCAAAUAUUGCUACAACAAUAGUCGUUGAUAGUAACGUAAAUGUGACUCCUUCAGUAGCAGUUUCUCCUGUGGAAGUAUCAGUACCAUCCGUAUCUGGUGAUAACAUAACUAAUGCUGAUGCAAAUGUUGCUACAACAAUAGUCGCUAAUAACAACGUAAAUGUCACUCCUUCCGUAGCAGUUUCUCCUGUGGAAGUGUCAGUGCCAUCCGUAGCUGGUGAUAACAUAACUACUGCUGAGGCAAAUGUUUCUACAACAAUAGUCGCUAAUAGCAACGUAAAUGUGACUCCUCCAGUAGCAGUUUCUCCUGUGGAAGUGUCAGUGCCAUCCGUAGCUGAUGAUAACAUAACUACUGCUGAUGCAAAUGUUGCUACAACAAUAGUAGCUAAUGACAAUGCGACUGUGACUCCUUCCGUAGCAGUUUCUCCUGUGGAAGUGUCAAUAGCAUCCGUUGCUGAUGCUAACAUAACUACUGCUGAUGCAAAUGUUGCUACAACAAUAGUCGAUAAUAACAACGUAAAUGUGACACCUUCAGUAGCAGUUUCUCCUGUGGAAGUGUCAGUACCAUCCGUAGGUGGUGAUAAAAUAACUACUGCUGAUGCAAAUGUUGCUACAACAAUAGUCGAUAAUAACAACGUAAAUGUGACACCUUCAGUAGCAGUUUCUCCUGUGGAAGUGUCAGUGCCAUCCGUAGCUGGUGAUAACAUAACUACUGCUGAUGCAAAUGUUGCUACAACAAUAGUAGCUAAUGACAAUGCGACUGUGACUCCUUCCGUAGCAGUUUCUCCUGUGGAAGUGUCAAUAGCAUCCGUUGCUGAUGCUAACAUAACUACUGCUGAUGCAAAUGUUGCUACAACAAUAGUCGAUAAUAACAACGUAAAUGUGACUUCUUUAGUAGCAGUUUCUCCUGUGGAAGUAUCAGUACCAUCCGUAUCUGGUGAUAACAUAACUAAUGCUGAUGCAAAUGUUGCUACAACAAUAGUCGCUAAUAACAACGUAAAUGUCACUCCUUCCGUAGCAGUUUCUCCUGUGGAAGUGUCAGUGCCAUCCGUAGCUGGUGAUAACAUAACUACUGCUGAGGCAAAUGUUUCUACAACAAUAGUCGCUAAUAGCAACGUAAAUGUGACUCCUCCAGUAGCAGUUUCUCCUGUGGAAGUGUCAGUGCCAUCCGUAGCUGAUGAUAACAUAACUACUGCUGAUGCAAAUGUUGCUACAACAAUAGCCGCCAUCAAUAAUGAAAAUGUGAACCCUUCAAUAACACUUUCCCCUUUGGUAGUGUCAGUACCAUCCGUAGCUGGUGAUAACAUUACUAAUGCUGAUGCAAGCCUAACAACAACAACAGACGUCAUUAACAACGAAAAAGUGACUUCUUCGGUUACUGUUGCUCCUGUGGUAGUACCAGAAUCACUUUUGGCAGAUAAUAAUAUCAUCAAAGCUAUAGGAGAAAAACCAAUAAAUAAUAACACUAAUAUUACUGGAGACAUAUAUUUGCCCCAAUCUGAUACUGUGAAAUCACAAGUAAUAGUACCUGAAGCAAUUAUUAAUGAUGCUAUAAAUUAUGUAAAUACUGUGCAAGGAAGCACUGUUACAGAAGCUAUAACUCUACCACAGGAAAGUCAAGUUGGCCAAGAAGUAACUGUAGCUUUACCAACUCAAUCGUCAAUGUCUACAACCAAUGGAACUACAUUACCUAAUGAAAUAGGAGCCUCCGUUGUUGAUAUAUUACUACAGAAGUAACUAAAUGCGCAAUCAUCUAUAUUUAUUUUGCCUGUAAUUGAUUGAAACCUGUGAUUUUAAUGACUUUUAUUUAUGUACUUAUUAUUAUAAUUAAAGAGCAUUAUUAAAAAUUA